GACGCUUACGACGCGAGUAAGGACAAACUAAACCCACAACAUUUGUGUAAGAGAAAGAGACCAAUAAUAGACAUAUAUACAUAUACAUAUAUAGGAAUAGAAGGAAAGAUUCCUUUUUGAAAUUUGAGACUUAGUGUGUGCGUUUGGUGUAUACAUGUGCGUGUGUUUUGUGUCGUCGGUUUAACACCACGACAGCAGACGGGUUGUUAGUCGUCGUCGAGUCGUCAUCAUCGUAUCAUUUAACAUUAAACUGACGCCUACUGCUUCUAAUAUACCAUAAAAGAUCGGAUAAUAAAAUAAUAAAAUUGCCAUUUGUCAGUACUAUUAUUAUUAUUACAUUUUUUUUUAUUAACACACAAUUAAAUGCAUUGUCUAACUCAAUGACAUAUUGUCGGCGAGGUGAAACAAGAGCGCGAGACGAGUACUUGUAAAAUUUCAUCCAAGGACGUCAGGACGUCAAGAAUAAUAAUAAAUACACCGUACUCAAGUACGAAUAAACUACUAAAUAUGAAGUGGGCACCGGGUGCAUUAUUUUGCGAGCAAGUUGGCGAACUUACUCGUGUAUUUUCACAGUGGAAUGAGUGUGAACAAACAGUUGUACUGUACGCUCUUUUACGCCGAAUACCAGCAGUACAAGCACGAUUUUUGGCACAAGCAGUACAGCAUUCACUUCAUGCACUAUCUGAACUCGAUACGCAAGAGCUUAAUGCCAACAAUCCAGCUUUUAUCAAUUCCCUGCUGUCAGAGUCAACUGAAGUUGCGAUAAAUCAACUACUAGCUCAUCUGCCACUUUUACGACCUGGUAAUGUUGAAUGUAAACAAUGUUAUCUUGUGGCUAUUCCUGAAUUAGUAAGCCACUGUGUUAGCACUGGACAAUUUACUGAACAAACUCAACAACUAUUGAGUUAUACAUUAAUACAUCCAGCGAUAACAAGCCAGGAUCGUAGAUCAUUAACCCAAUGGCUAAAACAUUUAGAAGAAAGAAUAACUGGUACUCCACCUAUUCAUAGUUUAGAGGAGUACACCAAUCCAUCGAAUAAAUGGGAGAUCACGUGGAAUAGAAAUUCAAAACAACAUCAACAGCAUCCUAAUAAAACGUCAAAUUUGUUUACUGGUAAUGGUGGCAGUGGUGGCGGACAGUCGGGCAAUAAUACAUUUAAUGUACAAUUUCCACCGCAAAUUAUUCGUCAGCGAAGAUCAAACAGUUUAACACCACCAGUUGCACCACCUCAUCAUCUUGAAGUUGCUGAGCGUACUAAUAAUACUCAUAAUAGUACCAGACACAAACCGCGUAGUUUCAGUGUGUCUGGUGAUAACUCCAGCGGUCUUAUCGGUUUAGGUCCUCUCAGUCCUCAGAGUUCAUGUACCAGCAGCGGCAGCGAGGGACGCUUGGAUGAAGCCUCGAGUCGUCCACUCAGCAGCGGAAUGCGCGAUGUACCGCGUUGGCUAAAGACACUACGUUUACAUAAAUAUAGCUAUCUUUUUACGACAAUGAGUUAUGAUGAGAUGUUGCAAUUAACAGAAGAUCAAUUAGCUGAACAAGGUGUCACCAAAGGUGCACGCCAUAAAUUAGCAUUGUCAAUUAGCAAAUUGCAACAACGUUACUCAACUCUUGUUAAUUUAGAAAAAGAAUUAUUGACACCGAUUGAUACCCUUGAAACUUUUGGUGAUGGACCAGCUCUGUUACUUGUUUCUACUCUCGAUGAACUUAAUACGAUUCUUAUGACGCCCCUGAAACCAAGUCAGGAAGAUGAUCCCCAGGAUAUCCCGGCACAGUUUACUAAAGUUAUUGGCAAAUUAUGUAGCAGAUUGGUAUUGGAUAUGAUUGAUGAACAGAUUCUCGUCGGUUGCAUUAAUAUUUUAGAAAAAGUUCUUCAACAUGAUUGUUUCACUCCAAAUCAGAAAGAGAAGGUACAGCAGUGGCGCAGUCGGUUGGGAAAUCCACGACCUACACCAAAGUGGGUUUAUGGAAAUUACAGCAAUAGACGAUUUUACAUAAAUCCGCACACUAAAAAACCCAGUAUCUACAGAGGUCCAGUUCAUGAUAAUCAUUUACAAAACAAUAAAUUUAUGACAAGUUCACACAGAAAUAGUAUUUCAACACCGUACUUACAGAAUAAUCAUAAUCAUGGAAUUAACUCGAAUAUUUUACGAACAAUUCAUGUUGCUGAAAAACGACCGAGUUUACAAGAAAAUAGUUUAGAGCAAUUGCAAAAAACUCUACAACGUACAUUUAGUGCGCCGCGUGAUCACUUUCUCAGUCAAAAUAACACAUCAUUAGAAACGACCGAGCCAGAAAUAAAUUCAAGACUUGAAUCACUGUGUAUACGUAUGACUGAGCAAGCUAUUGGCAAUUUCGGUGAGGCUUAAUUUAUUUUAAUCAUUUUUUUCUUUUUAAUUUUACCAAUCCAUCUCGCUAUUCUAUUUUACUACACCGUAUGCAUAUAUAUAUAUAUAUAUAUAUAUAUAUAUAUAUAUGUAAAAAAAAAAUUACAAAAACUAAUAGCUACAAGUGACACGGGACAAGUGCCCCUCGUUAGCCGUAAUUUUCGGGAAUUAUAUAGAAACAUCGAUAAUUUUAAUUAAUAAAAGAAAUGAAAAUGAAAAGAAUAUGCAUAUAUAUAUUUAUAUGUAUGUAUAUUCAUAUUAAAAACAAGCAUUGACUAAUUAAUUUUUCUCUGAUGAAUUUGUAAAUCAUAUUUUAUCAGUCAUUGCAAUUGUAUUAUUUAUAAUUGAAAAAAAAAAACUGACAAUUUGGCAAGCCAAAUGCUAAUUGAAAGAUUGAUUCUUUCCGCUGACUUUUACUUCUAUAUUAAUUAAUUAAUUAAAAAAGAAAUAAAAUAUAUAUUGUAUACUACAACAGAAUUUGAUAAAAAUUCGUAGUGAGAAAGAAGAAUAAAAAUAAUGUAAUAAUACGCGAUUGUUUACUCGAUAAAUGUAAACGAUAAUUAAAAAAAAAUAAUAGUAAUAAUAAUAAUAAAUGAUUAAUGUAAUGAAGUAAACAAAUUACGCGUUAUUUGCAAUAUUUUAUGUUAUCCAUUUCAGGAAAUGGAGUUCUUCUUAUUUUAGAACAUCAAUCAAGCAUUAUAUGCGUUGUAAUUUUUUUCUUUUAUCGACUGAUUUAUAAAUAGUAAAUAUUUUUUUUUUUUAACAGUUCCGUCAAACAGAACUUAGCAAUGAUUUUUUUUUUUUUUUAAUUAAAUUAUAAUCGAAUCAAAUUAUUUUAUAUUUGCUUUAAAAAUUUAAUUUGAAAUUAAUUUUCACACUGAUUAAUAAUUAACAGAAAUUAUUAUUUGUUGCAUGAUAUAUAAUUGAGUUGCGUAAAUAUUUAUUUUUUAUUUGUUUUUAUUAUCUUACAAACAUCACUUAUAUAAAGACGAAUUUUUUUCUGCGUAUACAAACAUAGCAAACUAUAUACACAAUUAUCUUUAUAAUUAAUUAAAUCUUAACAAAAUCAUUUUUAAAAAAUUUUUAACAAAUAAAAUAUUAUUUUAAUAUCCCGGUGGCAGUAUAGUAAGACUAAAGACCGUUCUAUAUACGUAAUUCCAUAUUUUUUAUUAGACUACUAUUAUUUCAUAACAAUUAUCAUUAGUACCAUUAAUUCGUUAUGAAUUACAAUCAUUAAUGUUUAGUUAAUAUUAACUUAAUUAAUUAUUUGGUUUUAAAAAUUAAAAAAAAAACAAAUUCAAUGAUUUUGUUUGCAAAUAUAUAUAUAUAUAUUUAUCUAUAUAUAUAUAUUGCAAACAGUUACAAGGUAUAUUGAAAAGUAAUAUGAGUGCAAGUCGCAAUAAAUGUACUAAUUAUUUUUUAAUUACCUGUCAUUUUUCACAAUACAGAUAAAAAAACGUAAAAUAUAAAAAAAAGUAAAAAAAAAAAAAACAUAAAUAUAGUAUUUAAAAAAUAGUUAUAAAGAUUAUCAUCACAUAAAAUUGCUUGUAACAUCGAAAUCUGUGGCUUUAAAUUAUAAACUAAUUAAUAAAAAAAAAGUAAUAAGUAAAUAAUGAAUAAAUAAAAAAAAAAACACAACGUACUAAGCGUUAGCACUUGAAUUAGCUUUGCGAUAUACCUUAAUAUUUUUUUGUGCAACACAAGUAAAUUUACUAAAUAAUAAUUAAAUAAUUUUAAAUGCUAAAUAAAAAUUUAAUUAAAUAAAAAAAAAAAAUAAUGAAAGACUGACAAUUUCGCGCGCCUGAUUAGCUGAGAAAAAUAAUGAUAUGUAAUAAAUAAUUUAAAAAAUGUAUGUAAGUAAAUGCAUUAAUAAUCUCUUUAGAUAAUUAUGAUCUCUUAUUAUUGUCUCUCGAUAAAUAAAUUAAUUAAUUUUUUAAAAAUGUAUAAUUAAUUCUAAUAAUUAGUAAUGUAAUGUAUAAUAUAACUUUGACCAUGUUAUGCUAAUUGUUGGCGCGUGAAUGUAACAAUUGGAAGACUGCGGAAGGGAAAAAAACCUGUCAAAAUAAUAAUUGAUUAGAGAAAGGUAUUAAUAAAAAAAUAUAAAAAACAAAAAAAAAGAAAGAAAAAAAUAAAAAUAAAAAAAAAAGAAUAAGGAGUACUAGUAGUAAUUUUUUUUAGAAUAAUAAUUAAUAUUGCUAAUAAAUAGCAUUAUUACUAUAUUUAGUAUUUUAAUAAUUGAUUAACAAUUAUCGAUGAUACGUGAUAAAUAAUUGGUGAUUAGUUAUUCAACUAUAUCCCGAUAACUGUCAUGUUUAUUGAUGAUAAUGAGCUGGCUCGAUAGAGUUACACCAAGCAAUCACUGAUACCCAAGAUUAUAAAUGCAAACAAUGAAAGAAAAAUUUAUUUCAUAAAGUAACAAAACAAAAAAAUAGAUAAUAGUUAAAAAGAGGUCUCAUUGUAAAAAAGACAAAAAAACAUUUUUCAUCGUAAUAAUACAUUUUUUAAUUGUUGUAAUAAUAUAAUGAAGUUUACUAUAGUUAAAAAUUAUAUUUUAAUAUUUCUAUAGGAGCAAUUAAUAUUUUUUAGGCUUAUAAUGCUUCUAGCUCUUUUAUUAACGACCAGAGAACUAAAAUUUUUAUAAUGAAAAAAAAAACUUUGAGUCAAUUUAAAUAUAAAGACUUUUUUUUAUGUCCCAGUGAAUUAGAUAAAUACUAAUAGUGUUGUUAUAUAUGGAUGGAAAAAAAAAAUAUUUUUUCUGCGUAUAUUAAUUUUUCAUACUUGUAUCCAUUGUUUAGUUAACAGUAAUUGUGAAUUUGUCAAUUUUACGAUCAAAAGCUAGUCAACAUUUUUUUUUCUUUUUAACUAAUUUUUUUUUUUUUUAAUCAUUUCAUACACAUAUAUAUAUGUUCCGAUUAAUUAUAUAUUAUACAUUUAAAUAAUCAAUGCAACAAUAAAUGAUUAUACUUUGUGCAAGUGAAUUAAUUACAUAUAUAAAUAUAUAUUAAUUAUUUCACUAGAAUAAGAUACAUUUCACCGGAUAGGCUUCAUGUACUGAAAUAAAAAACGAAUAAUGGGAUUAAUCAAUUUGAUUAAACAAUAAAUGAAAUGGAUUGUAAUUGUAAUGAGCCAAUAAAAUAUAAAGACUGUUCCUGUGCUUGAUAUUGAAGAGCAGGAAUUUCGUUUCAGUGUAAUAAUUUAUCAGUAAAUGAAUCACAUUAUCUUAUCUAUUAUAAAGGCAGGACCUAAAGUAACAUUAAAAAAAAAAAUUAAAGUGCAAGUCAAGCUUUUAUUUGUCAAUUUAUUAGGAAAUUGAUAAUUUAAAAUCUUAUGGUGUACCGAGUCUUAGAGAGCAUGGGAGUCAAGGGUCAUCGACGAAAAAAAAAGAAGAUAACGUUAUUUGGUUUAAAAAUAAAAUCACGCAUUGUAAUGCCUGUUGUUAAUUCUUUUUUUUUGUUCUUCACUACCACCGUAAUCUCACUGCUAUUAGUUAAUUAAUUGAUUAAUAAUCAAUAACAAUAUAGUAAUAAUCACACAUCACGAAAACCACCACAAACGUAUUCGACAUCCUGGUGCGACUUGGAGUUCACUCUUAGCUCGUUAUUAAAUAAUCAUAUUAUAUUUAAAGAAUGUAACACUUAAAUUUAUAUUAUAUUAGAGGAGUCUGUAUUUAUUUUAUAUAAAUAUAUAUCUAUAUCUAUAUAAAUAUAUACACAGAAACAAAUGAUUUCUUGGCGCAAAUAUUUUAUGUGAAUGUAGAGGAUAUGAGAAAAUUUAUAAAUUUUAAAUAAAUAAAUUAGGUAAUUAAAAUUUUGAAAUUGAAGAAAAUGCGCAUACUUGUAUUUUAAUUAUCUAAAUACGCAUUUUUUUAUUCUUAUAUUUAAAAAAUUACCAAUUGUCUACAUUUACUCUCAUAACAUUUUAUGAUAGUAAAGUAGGCAGAU